CCACCACUAAAUUGGGACGGAGGAAAUAUAUAGUUUGAAUCUAAAAAAAAUAUAUAAAAAAGGGAAUAAACAAAAAGAAAAAAAGAGGAUAAGCAAAGGUAAACCGCUCAUUUGCAGUCAAAUUUCUGAAUUUGCUAAAACAUAGAGAACACCCUAAAGCAAGUUUUAGCGCCAAGAAAGCAAUGCUCUCAUUUGCUUUAUACCAUUCAGCUUCUUCUUCUUCACCAAACCCACAAUUCCAUUUUCCCCACCAAAAUCAAAUACCUCCAUUUCAAUCCCUCCCCUUUUCACCCUUUACUGUAAUACCCACAAAAUUGCUGAGUAAACCCCCGUUUUUCUUGCGCUUAUCAUCAUCAUCUUCGGCAUCAUCAUCUUCUUUGAUUGCUGAUGAUGAAUUUCAAGUGGAAUUGGGUCGGUUACUGUCUUUGCUGCCGGAGGAGAUGCGGCGAGGAGUUGGCGAACACCCGGAGUUUUCCAAUUUAAUUGAGGUGGUUAUGGACUUGGGUCGUAAGCCACUUGCUCGAUUCCCUUCUGGAGAUUUCAUCUUGUCGGAUCAUCCGAUAACUUUGGAUGACCUUCACCAAGCUACCUCGCAGGUUGGUGACUUUGCAGUUGACAAUAGAGCUGGCAUUAGCAGAACUUUACACCGAAUUAGUGCUAUUAGAAACCGGAAAGGUGCAAUUAUUGGUUUGACUUGUCGAGUUGGUCGUGCAAUAUCUGGAAGUGCAAACUCAUUGCGAGAUCUAGUUAAAGAUGGUUCUUCUUUGUUGCUCAUUGGUCCUCCUGGAGUAGGGAAAACAACUAUUAUCAGGGACAUAGCCAGGAUGCUUGCAAAUGAUUAUGGGAAGCGUGUAAUGAUUGUUGACACCUCUAAUGAAAUUGGUGGGGAUGGUGAUAUACCUCACGCAGGAAUAGGUAAUGCUCGGCGGAUGCAAGUUCCACAUAAUGAUAUGCAACACAAGGUGCUGAUGGAAGCAGUGGAAAAUCAUAUGCCACAAGUGAUUGUAAUAGAUGAGAUCGGUACUAAACUUGAGGCAAUGGCUGCAAGCACCAUUGCACAACGAGGAAUUCAGUUAGUUGCAACUGCUCAUGGUGUAACAAUAGAGAAUUUAGUCAUGAACCCUGCUUUAGAGAUGCUGGUUGGAGGAGUACAGAGUGUAACUCUUGGUGAUGAAGAGGCAAGCAGGAGAGGCGUUCAGAAAUCUGUACUGGAGAGGAAAGGUCCAUCAUCUUUUAGCUGUGGGGUUGAGAUAAUCUCCAAGGCAGAAUUGAGAGUUCACCCUGAUUUAGAAGCAACAGUAGAUACUAUUCUUGCAGGACGUUACCCGAAAUAUGAAAUUCGCAAGAUAAAUCCAGGAUCGCAAGAUGGAAUAAUGGAAAGUUCAUCCAUCCAAGCACCAUUUGAUGAGAGAAAUGAAGUUUUGGUUGAAGAUAUUAUCCAGAUGAAUGGAGGUAUACCUGAUUCUACUGAGCUCAUCUCAGCAAAAGAUCCGCGCAUGGAAGGAGGUUCCGGUGAAAGUGAGGAUACCCUUUGCAUUUUUCUUUAUGGGAUCUCAGAGGCAAGCGUGAUGCAAGGGAUAAAACAGCUAAACAUUGACGAUGCUGUUGAGUUUACUGAUAAUAUCAGUGAAGCAGAUGUUCUACUUGCUCUGCAGUCCAAGCUUAAGAAAAAUUCUCGGAUUCAAGCAGCUGCAAGAUCUCACGGCAUUCCUAUUUAUGUUACAAAGACAAACUCCUCAACGCAGUUGACAAAGGCUAUGCAGGCAUUAAUCAGUGAUUUUGCUGAUGGUUUUGAGUUUCUCGAAUCUGAAGCCAAGACAAAUGAGACUGAAAAGAUUGAUGCCUUAGAGGAGGCUAGAAUAGCCAUGGAGCGAGUGGUAAUUCCAAAAGGGGAACCUGUUGAGCUACUCCCUAGGCCAUCAAAUAUUAUACUUCUUCAGAAGGAUCUUGUUAGAAAGUACAAGCUAAAGUCAGAGCGAAUUGUAACAGGAAUGGAUAUAAGACUUCGAAUUCUCCCUUUCAACAGUGCAUCUGAUGAAGACGGUCAGAAUAGUGAAGAAAUUGAUGAUGAGAGCGAAGUUGAUCAAGUAUUAUUCAGGCCCAAUGCUGAAUCAAAUGGAUCUGCCUACACUGUGAAUAGGUUACCUCUACUACCUGAAUAAGAAAGUAGAUUGUUGGUUUCAACACCAGUUGCCUCUAUCAGAGUGCGUUAUCUUUGUUUCUGAAGUUUAUUCAGCACACCUGGCAUAGUGUAUCAUUCAAAAUCUAUUGAACAUACUCUGAAUCCAUUGAGUAUAAAUACAAAAUGGUAAACUAAAAAUUGGUGUUUUUUUUUCCAAAUUCGCAGUCUUUUAGGGUAGCAUGAUGUAUGGUAUCAGCCUAUCGGGGCCCUUAAAGUCCUUUAUGGAUAUUGAGUUGGCAAUAAAGCAAUGGCUUAUUUGGAGUUGUAUAACAAUU